AUGACGUUUCGAGCACAAUUUAUUGCUCAUAAUCAUAUCAAGGUAAUCACACGACUUCCUAAAUUCAUUUAUAUAGUUCCAUUGUUUUUCUCUUGAUUUUCACUUGAUUUGAUUGGUAAUAGUAUUUUCCAUAUUUCAGGUAUGAGUGACGAGUCAUUCCUAUUGCAUGUGUUGGCUGUAGACUCGAUGAACAAGGAUUCGGUAAUCAACCUCUCUCUCCACCUACCUAGAUUACUUUUUAGAACUUUAACCCUGUCACAUUCUAUUGUGUGGUUGUGUGUUAGCGCAUGCAUUGCAAUUGUUGAGCUUUUUUCUAAAUUACUUAUCUUCUCGGGGUCAACCAUUCUUACCUUAGCUAAAUUCUUAUGCUCUGACAAUCUGACUACACCUGACCUACUAGUUUGACCUAUGUAGUUGACCUCACAGUCAUUGCAUGGUAUUUUGUAGAUUUUAUUAUUUUGUCUAAUUGGUUCAACUGGGUCGUUUAACCUACACAGCUUGUCCCUGAGUGAGUUUGUAGGUUUAAAUGCCACCCUAAUUCCUGCUUUAUUUAGAAUCCUACGUAGUGUCUCAAAUGUCCCCUCUUUAUAUGGUAUAACUGUGGAUGAUUUAUAUUCUUUCUUAUUUAUGUUAUUAUUACUAGUUUCACAAUUAUUUUUAUUUUGUGUUUUGGCCUUUAAUGAUCUUCCUAAUGAAUUUUAUAGGAUAGUUAUUCAACACCAACGCUUCUUCUAUCUGUUUUAAUUCAUCAUUUAGAUCUUUUUUUGUGCCACUUAGUGCCACUGCUCGGUUUGUUAAACAUUGAACUAAGCCUGCCUUAACAGUUAAAGGAUGAGACGAAUUAAAGUCUAAAUAUCUAUUAGAAUGAUUUUUAGUUGUAAAACUCUCAUAUGGAAUUUUCUUAUCAAGAGUAUUCUUUGUUUUACAGAAAACAUACUGAUUAGGUUUAGAUAUUGACAAAAUAUGUGCAGUGUAAAAUUAGGUAGUUUCUCUCUGUGGUGGCUAAAACUAAAAUAUAAGAUGUACAUUUCUAUCUACUUAUGUCUACACUGCUUAGCCUAGAAAUUAGGAUUUUGGUAUUUAUAACAAUGAAUACUGAGGUCGAUUAUCGACCUUUCACCUAUAAAGAAUACACAAUGUCUAUAGUGGUAUGAAUAAGUGUUUCUGUUAUCUUCUACUCUAACAAUAUGUAGAAUUUCUACAAGAAUGUGGAUUUCUUCAGUGAACUUAAUUACACCUUUCAUCAAUUAGUGAACUGGUAGAAACUGUAGAAAAACGAAUCGGACAAUUAGUGCACGGUCAUAACAUCGUGAGGAAUCUACACCAGCACAUGCGUCGUUCACAGUUUGAAUAAGUUUCCAGUCACCCAUCAUUUACAGUAAAUACUGUAGAUUUCGUGACGAACCGACACCAGUUAGGGUAUCACUGAGAACCAGGAAUCAGUGGAUAGCUGUCUCGUCCUAGUUUGGGAUUCUUCAGCAUUACGUACCUGCGACCCCACCCCCACCAAGGAUUAGCCCCGAGAUCUUCAAGUUAUGAGGCGAAGCUCGUUUGCCAUUCAGUCAUUUGUUGUUGUUGUUGAGAUUCGAUGAUCUGUGAAUUCCAACUUCUGUCAUUUCGUGAUAUGGCACUUACCCUAAUCCGAUGCCUUCGAUGGUGUCAUCCACUUCACUGUUAAAAUAUGCUGAACCCAUUUGGUCAUGAAUUUUCAGGACAUCUAUCCAGUAUCCAUCACUGACCUGGAAAGUAAUAGUUGGGUUAUAGAAUUUUGUAGGAAUUCGGAUUACUUUCAAUGUAGGUUUGAUAACAUUUAUUGAUUGGAUAAUUGUCUUCUUUAAUUCUGUAGAUAUUUCAUAACAGUUUUUUUUAAAUAUCUCUCGCUCUUAUUGGAUACAGAUAAAUCAAUAUGCCAAAGGCAUCGAAUACUGCUAGUAAAGGUGAUAAUGCAAAAAAUUCUAAAUCUGGUGGGAAGACUUCCAACAAAACAGAUUCUGGAUCAUCAUCAGGAAGCGCUGGAAAACAGUCGAAAACAGCGAACGCAGUAAAAGUGCGUCAUAUACUGUGUGAAAAGCAAAGCAAGUGUUUAGAAGCUUUAGAACAACUUAAAAAUGGUAAACGUUUUAAUCAAGUCGCAGAAAUGUACAGUGAGGAUAAAGCACGUUCAGGUGGUGAUUUAGGAUGGAUGUCACGUGGUUCAAUGGUUGGUGCAUUUCAAGAUGCAGCAUUUGCUUUGCCAGUAUCAACUUUAGAAAAUCCCAAGUAUACAGAUCCACCAGUGAAAACUCAAUUCGGUUAUCAUAUUAUUAUGGUUGAAGGGAAACGAUAA